GCUGCUGCUGCUGCUGAUUGCUUGGCUUUACACUUUGGUAGCCCUGCAGCUUACCUGUACCAGAAAAAAAACUCUUUUUCUUGCCUUUUUAGCUUGCUUUUCCUUUGGCUAUAUAUACCCUUUCCUUCUUUGCCCUCGUUUCCUUUCCACUUGCUUUCUCUUUCCCUUUAUUAUUUGAAAAAAGCACAUUUCUAUGGAAGUUUCACGACGACAUCAUCUUACCAUUGAUCAAUCUAAUAAUACUUUAGGCCCUAUGGUGGCUAUACAAGAAUGGGAGUUGGAGCGAGCAUUGGUUUUGAGUCAGCUCCAACAACAUCGCGAACGUGUUCAUUAUCUCGAGCAAAAGACCGACGAAGAUAAGAAGAUGUACGAUAAGCAUCGCAUGAGUCUGCUUCAUGAAAUCAAGCUGAAAGAAGUGCUCUCCGAAAAACGUAUCCAAGACAUUGAGCAACGCUACCUGGACCAGAUCCAAGACUUGCAAAUACUACUCGAUCAAGAAAAGCAAGAGCGAGACAAUGAAGCGCAAGACAUCCGCAAACACUACGAGGCAAUGCUGCAGAGCGAGCAAAAGAAGCACGAGCGAAGACUUUGCGGGUUUCAGCAACGGCUGAGCGCCAAGGAUUCUGAAUACGCAAAGCUCCAAAGGGAUACUAUCCGGCUGACCCAGAGUGCCCCUACAUCGCCACGGACCCCAGACACACCCAUCCACAGCGACUGCGACUCGGUAGCCACUGACGAACAAGAAGCAACUGCAGUGACCCAACAUUAUGGAUUACGGGAGGCUGACACACCCGUCCGGCUCCUGCAGGAAAAACUAUUCAAACUCCAGGCCCAUCAAGAUCAGAUGCAGGAACGCCAUCAAGCUGAGCUUGAGAAACAAAAGCUUGCCUUUGACCAAGAACGAUCGCUACUCCAAUCAAAAAUUCAAGACCUGGAAUCGCUCCUAUUAACAAAAGACCCACUCCAACAGCUGACGCAGCUGCAAAAAGAAUACCGAAAGGGCGCCCAGCGCGUCUACCAAGAACGACUCGCGGCCAUUGAACGAACAUAUGCCGAAAAGAACAAGCAAACCAUGGCCAGCUACCGGGGCGAUCUGGCCCAAGUCAAAGAACGCUUUAUGCACGAAUCGCAGCAGACGGCCAUGCACCACGAAGCCAAAAUGCAAAACAUGAUUUCUGAACAUGCUCAUUCAUUAGCCGAAUUACAGGAGCACCAUGACCAUGCGAUGGAUGUGCUUUUGAUUGAACACCAGGCGUCCAUGGACGAACUCGAGUCGCAUUUGGAACGGGUCAAAGAAGACGCUCUCCAUGAAUGUGAGCGGGCCUGGGAGCGUAAACUCAUGGACGCACAAACUUCCAUGUCGGACGACGCUCGCGAAAUACAAAACCAUUGGGAGACUCGGUUGGCAGAAACGUCGUCAGCCCGUGAUGCAGAAUUCAAUCGUCUCUUAGGCGAGCUUGAAGUGCUCAAGGAACGUCUCGGUCGAGAGAUCGAACGACGACAGGACGUUACCCAGCAACUAACCAAGGCCACACAGGAUGUCCAGCUGCAUAAAAAGACCAAGGCCAUUGCAACACAAGAAUGCCUUAAGUUACAACGUAUGCACCGCCGAGCACAUACACUGGCCGUCACAUUAGUAGCAGCCAUUUCAAAGCCGCAUGAUGAAAGUAAUGAUGGUGUGAAAGCAACAGCAACAAGUCUUGGCGACCCAGCCAAAUUGUCUUUACCAGAUCUGUUGCAAAGAUCGAUUUCAGAGGUCACGCGCUUGCAGGCACAGAAUUCGAUGAUGGAAAAGAACUUGGAAUCUCUUACAGCAACGUCGGGAUACAGCAGCUUUUUCAACUUGUUUUAAUAAGUGAUCCUCUCCUUCGUUUUACGUAUACCAAUGUUACAUUUUCGAACAUCGUGCAAACAUCCAAACCACUUUUACCAUCAUUACCCUGUCAUCACUCUAUAUACCCUCACACGCUUCUUUUUGAUUGAUCACAUAUAUGCAUACAAUUAGCUCUCUUUACAUCAUGUAAAUAAUAUAUCUUAAAGCAUUUUAUUUUAAACUUUACCAGACUUUUUAUCUACACAGACAUCUCCCUAAGUAAAAUAAGCCAAUUGUAUAUGUAUUUUUAUAGCACAAACUCUUUAAUAGGAGAGGUUCCUAUUCAAAACUCUGUUGAUCAGCUGACAUUACAUAGAUCACCGUUUAACAUGACCGAAAAUGUUUUUAAAAUAUUGGAUAUUGAACGUAUCAC